AUGUCAAAAGCAAUAUCAGCAUCAGCACAAGCUAAUCCAACUUUUAAAGCUUUAUGUAUUUCAUUUGCCAAUGGUUUACACAAGACAGACGUUAAAUUGAGGAUGAAUCUUUUAGGAGAAAAGAAAAUUAGAGUGCGACCUUUAAAUGAUAAUAAAGCCAUUGAACAAGGUGCAACAUUUAUAUCUGAAUUUUUUAUUUUCAGUGUUGCAGGAAGUUUAAUAUUUUAUGAAGCUUAUAGAAGUAGGAAAAAAGCAAGUAAUGAAAGAGAUGCAAUUGCUGAUGACAUAUCAAUUCUACAAAAUGAAAUUGAAUAUAUAAAACAAAAAUUGGGGGAUAUAAAUAUCAAAUUAGAUGAUUAUAAAAUACCUGAUGGAUACAAACCAAAAUAUGUUAAAAUUGGAAAUGACAAUAAAAUAGAAAUAGAUAAUCCGAAUGAUAAAUUAAAUACCAAAUUGGAAGUUAAACCUGUAAAUAGUUAG